AUGACAACUAAUUGCCCUAACUGUUUGAAAGAGUUUCAGAGCGCUUGGGCUGUUUCACGACACCUGAGCCAGCCCCUUACAUCCUGUCUACGAUGGGUUGAUCAGCUUGAGGAUGCAGCGCAAAUCUUGCAAGACUCACAGUUCGCGGACCAGCACGCAACUCUCGGCCCAUCUGAGUCGUCAUCCAACCCUCGUCAUUCCAGAACACCAAGCCCUUUUCAAGUUCAAGUUGAUAGUGAGGAAAUGGUGCAUGUUCAGGAUUUGAAUGACUCGGGCUAUUUCUACGGUGACGAGGGAGGCGUGGUGGGCUUGGAGAGUGACCUGCCAGGGUCGGUUGAAGAGCCUUUGGGCAGCCCAAGCUUCGGAGAAGCCCUUACGUCGAGCGCUUCAGGAACGCUGCGAAAGUGUAUCGGCGCGGCCAGACCCUUUUGGGACAGGACAAACCUUUACUAUCCAUUCGCGAUCCCGUCAGGACUGGGAGCUCGGCAGCUUCUUCUCCUGUGCUCGUCAUUAAGUAUGGCCGCCAUAGAUGAGUUCCUGGAGCUCGAAUUAAUUAAAGCAUUGUCUCUCUCCUUUUGUACAGCCAAGGAGUUGCGUGGUCGUGCUGAGCUGCUACCUCCUGUUCCGAAGUGGCAGUACCGCAUAGUCUCAACCACUCACCCAACAAAACAGCCGCUAUAUUUGUACUGGCGCGAUCCAUUGGAUUGUAUCGAAUCGCUUUUUAGCCACCCGUUGUUUGCUAAAGAAAUAGAUGUCACGCCGCAACGUGUAUAUCACACAGUGGAACGCACAUCACGAAUUUACAAUGAAUGGCUGACAGGUGACGCAGCAUGGUCGAUGCAGUCACAACUUCCAGAUGGUGCGACAUUGUUAGGCAUCAUACUGUCCUCUGAUAAGACCAAACAUCACCAACAUGACUGCCUUGCCAAUAUCAAGAUGGCAACUCGAAACAAGGCAUCCUCACAUGCUUUCCUCCUAACAGCGCUGCUUCCAAUUGCUGAAUUUCUGCAUCCAGUGAAACGGAAUGCAGAGUUCCACCAGUGUCUAGAUAUCGUGCUAGAGCCGCUCAAGCAAGCUGCACGCAUCGGGCCGGAUGAUCUUCCUAAAAUGACUCUCGACCAGCUUUCGAGCAUUAGUUGUGACCCCCUCGACGUCGAAGGUUACUUUAAUGCAUGCGCUCCAUUCCGCCUGAGUGGCGUAGCCCAGCCAUUCUGGCGUGAUUGGUCACUUGCGGAUCCGCAUGUAUUUUUCACUCCCGAACCCCUGCAUCACUGGCACCGUGAGUUCUAUGAUCACGAUGUUAAGUGGUGUCUUGCAGCUGUUGGCGAACAGGAACUAGACUUUCGCUUCUCCGUUUCGCAACCACUCACGACGUUCCGACACUUCAAGGAUGGCAUUUCCAAGCUUAAACAAGUCACUGGAAGAGCCCAACGUGAUAUGCAACGCUAUAUUGUUGCUCUCAUUGCCGACGCAGCCCCCCGUAGUGUUGUGAUAGCUGUUCGCGCGCUGAUGGACUUUCGCUACAUAUCGCAAGCGACAACGAUCGACGAAGCGCAUUGUCAAAGAUUCUCGCAAGAAAUCAUUGCUUGCGGUGCACGUCGAGGUGCAAAGAGCAAACAGGUCCUCGACAACUGGCAUAUACCCAAAUUGGAGUUGAUGCAGAGUGUCGAGCCCAGCAUACGUCAAGUCGGCUCUCUCUUGCAGUGGUCUGCUGACACCACAGAGCACGCUCACAUCACCCUAAUCAAGGAUCCCGCAGAUUCCUCCAACAACAUCAACUAUGAUGCUCAAAUAUGCCGGUUUCUUGAUCGCCGAGAGAAAUGUCGAAACUUCCAGAUUGCAACAUCAAUAAUCGCUCGUUCACAAUCACAGUCACAAGCUUCUACUUCUCGAAUGACGGACGCCAGUUCGGAACAUCAUGACGAGUCGCACGACGAAGAUCCACACGCCGACAAAUCAAACUUGCAGACAGGUUUGGAUGAUCUCUGGGGGCCGAAGCGUGUAGUGACCGAUUUCUUCAAGAAGGCAGAGCAACUCUCUUCAGAUAUUGAAGUAGCCAGACCUCUCCACACAUUCGUGGUCGGUGCAGCAGCAAUCCACCUGAAUUUCGAUCCUUCGAUACGACGCAUACCAGUCGAUGUCGUCGCUGAAAAAUUCUCUCUACCUGACUUGCGGGGAGCACUCGCUGACUAUAUUCAACGAGAGGGCAUGGCUCAGAACGUCCACUCGCUGAGGGGACAACGCCGAGCAUUGCCUGAUGCACCUCUUCCUUUUAAUGACCUUAUGGUCUGGUUUAAAGUACGCGUGCAGCAGGCAUCGUACCACAGCCCAUCAAUCACUCCUCCUGCUCUCACAGUCAACGCGCAUCCUCCGAGCGCAACUUGGAAGUAUGGGCGUUAUGACGCUGCUAUUUUCACUGUUGAUGACACCGGACGUGAACAAUGGCCUACUAGUGGGCUUAAAGGCCAUGAUGUUGUUGAGGUGCACCUUAUCAUGCAACCGCUUCCUCCACGAGGAAAACCUGGUAGUGCCCCUUGGGCCACGCGUUUUCUUACUUAUGUUCAGCGCCUAGAUGUUAUGCCUCAGCGUCAUGGAAGCUUGCUGGAAUGCACAACACAGAUGCAUGUUUUAAAACGUGCAAUGCGAUCAGCAGGGACUCCCUUCGGUGAUAUCCUCCCACUAGAUCAACUUCGUUCUUUUGCUCAAAUUAUCCCCCGCUUUGGUCGUGUUGCUGAUUCUCGUUUAACAGCACAAAAUAGUGCUCACUUUGCUCAGACAUUCUUCCUAAAUAAGUACAUCAACAAAGACUUCUACUAUGCUAUCUCAAACUAG